AUGAUGAAAACUAGUUUCUUAGUCGUAUUUAUUCUUUUACAUUUUUCAAAUAUAUUUUGUGAUCCUAUUGAGUUAUCAGAAAUAAUUAUUCCUGAACAUACACCAAUUGGUCAUCUAUUAUUAACAAUUCAUCCUUCAAUAGCCAAAGAAAAAUAUUCAUAUCGUUUUGUUAAUAAUAAUUAUCGUGAAAUUCAACAAUAUUUUUCUUUAAAUUCUUCGACCGGUCAAUUACAUAUUGCGAACGAUAUUGACCGUGAAAAAAUUUGUACUCAUCGACAUAAUAAAUGUAAAUUUCUAUUGAAAAUUUUCGAAUUAUUCAAUGAAAAACUUUACCAUAUACCAAUAUUAAUCGACGAUAUCAAUGAUCAUCGACCACUGUUUCCCUAUGAAUCAUCUAUAAUUCAAUUACAUAUAUCCGAAAAUUCUCCACCAUAUCAAUCAAAAUUAUUCAUUCAACAAGCGUACGAUAGAGAUCAAAUAGAUAAUCAAAAACAAUUAAAGUAUCAAUUAAAAACAAUCGAUGAAGCUUUUCCUUUUCGUCUUGAAACUAACAUUGAUAUAUCAAAUCGUUUAGCACUUGUACUUACUCAACCACUCGAUAGAGAAUUUAUCGAUACCUAUAAUUGUACCCUACAUGUUACCGAUACCGCUGAUCAUGAUGAACACUUAUACAUUACAAUUAUUAUCGACGAUGUCAACGAUCAAUCGCCAAUUUUUGAAAGUGAAAUCUAUUCAGUUGAACUAUCUGAAAAUAUUCCCAUUAAUACAACGAUACUUCGUGUUCAAGCUUAUGAUAAUGAUAUUGGUUUAAACGGAGAAAUAAUCUAUGAUUUUAUUGAUGCAUCAAAGCAAUAUGCUAAUACAUUUUCAUUAGAUAAACAAACAGGCCAUAUUCGUCUUCGUUCAUCAGUCGAUUAUGAACAACGAUCAUCCUAUAUAUUUUAUGUACAAGCACGUGAUUGUGGUAAUGAACCACGUUCAUCGCAAACAUUAGUUAAUAUAACUAUACUCGAUGUAAAUGAUUGUGCACCGAAAAUAAGUUUUCGAUUUCUACCCGAAAUUAUUUAUACGCCAUCAAAAUUUCUUGUUGAAAUAUCAGAAAACUAUCCUAUGGACAAGUUUUUUGCACAGAUUCUUGUUACCGAUGAUGAUAGUGAUUAUCGUGGACAAGCACGUUUAUGGUUUGAAACAAUCGAUGCAUAUAAAGAAAAAGAUCUAUCCUUUUAUUUAUAUCAACUAGAUAAUUCAACAUAUUUUUUUAAUCGAACGAAACCAUUCGAUUUCGAAAUACAACAAUCACAUCGAUUAGUAUUUCAUGCACAAGAUUUUGAUAGGAAAAAUCCUUUAGAAACAAAUCAAAUAUUAACAAUCAAUGUUCUCGAUGAAAAUGAUAAUCAUCCGAAAUUUUCCAAUGCAUUCUAUCAUUUAAAACUUAAUGAAAACAAUCUGGCCAAUACUUUCCUAACACAAAUCGAAGCAUUCGAUCCUGAUAGUGGUGAAAAUGGUCGUCUAACAUAUGAAAUCGAAACCAACGAUACAUCAUUACCAUUCUAUAUCGAUUCAAAUACUGGUAUGCUCUAUUGUUCGAAAUCUUUAGAUCGUGAAAAACGUGAUCAAUAUGAUUUUCAAAUAAUUGCACGUGAUCACGGUAGUCCAAUAAGUUUAUCGUCGAAAAUUUCCAUACUCAUCGAUGUCGAUGAUUUAAAUGAUCACCGGCCGAAAUUCGAAUAUGAAAAAUAUGAAUUUUCAAUUGAAGAAAAUUCUUAUCCAUCGAAAUUAAUUGGCAUUGUUCGUGCCUAUGAUUUAGAUUUGAAUACAAAAUUAAUUUAUUAUAUUGAAAAUGAUAAACAACAUCGAUAUCCAUUUUAUAUUAAUCAAAAUGGACAAUUAUCCUUGAGAAGUUUUAUCGAUCGUGAAAUUCAAGAUCUAUAUGUAUUAAAUAUUACCGUGUCAGAUAAUUAUUUUAAAACAACUGUUCCUGUUAUUAUUAAAGUUUUGGAUAUUAACGAUUGUAUGCCAACAUGGAAUAAACCUUCGGAAAAUAAUACUAUUCUAAUGAUAAAUAAAGAUCGAAUCACGUUAGGAACGAGUAUUGUGACAAUCGAAGCUAUUGAUCGAGAUGAUAAAACGAAUGGAAAUGGUUUUAUUAGUUAUUCGAUUGAGAAUAUUGAUCCGUCAAAUGAUGAAUUUUUAACAUUAACAAAUGCAGGUGAAUUAAUAUUAAAUUCAACACCUCCUAUAGGCCGUUAUCGUGUAUUGAUAAAAGCUGAAGACAAUGGAGAAUUAAUUCAAUAUUCAUCAUUAAUACAAUUCUAUUUAUUAAUCGGUGACAAUAAUACGAAUGGCAGUAUAUUUUUUGAUUUAAACAAUGAGCUACAUAUCUUUAAAUUGAAUUCUUUAUCAACAACAAAACGUGUCUUUUUAUUAUCGACAUUUUUUAUUUCAAUCGCAAUUAUACUUGCAUUUAUUGUCUGUAUGAUAUUAAUCGUUAUAUGUCGAUAUCGACGACAAAAGUAUUUAUAUUAUAUUAAAUGUAAAGCUGCACAAGCCGGGACAAACAAUUCAAGUCCAACAAUGACCAUUGUUGAAAAUCAUUUGACGACACUCGAUGAAAAAAAUUCUAGUUCAAAUUCAUCGAAAUUAAGCCUGGAAAAUCUUCAUCAAAAACGACUUAUCGAUCAUUCGUCAUCACCUUCAUAUACAGGUGCAAAUAUCUAUACACAAAAUCAUCAUCAUCAAAUCUCAUCGACAUUAAAACCAACUCAAGCAACGAGUGAUUAUUAUAGCAAUAGUAGCAAGCAUGAAGAAGAUGUUGAUGAAUGGACUGAUGACCAACAACAACAACAACAGCAAAAACCAAUAAUCGAUAAUAAUAAUGAAUGGUCAAUCGAGAAAAUUCUUUAUCCCGAUUGGUUAUAUAAAAAUUGUUCAACAGCAACAGCAGCAACAACUAUCACGCCAAGAAAGAAUUUCAAUACAUCAACAUUUAUGGAUUUUAAUUCUUAUCGAACACUUGAAACGAACGGAAGCACAACAAGUAAUAGUAGUAAUGGAAGACGAACAAUGUCUUCAUCGCUAACAUCUAAUGGUCAACCAUCACCGAAACAAGUUCGAUUUGGUUGUCAGCAACAAAUUGAUGAACAAACACGUUCUUCAUAUCCACAUUUAAGUAGUACAGCAAUUAAACAAUUGAGAACAGGUAUAAAAACUACAACUAUUUUACAAGAUGAUGCACACGAUACAUUUAUUUAG